AUGGCCGCACGCCGUUCCCUAUUUCGAGCUGUCCCCGCAUUGUCUGCCAGACGAUCCCCCCAUAUCUUAUCCUCGACAACUUCCCUCAGAAUGUCUCCCAACCAGCAGAUUGCAAGACGCAGGCUGCAUGCCACAAGCAAGCAUCUCGCUGCUGCCGGCGCUGCCGUUGCCGACUAUCCUAGGUCUCACGAACAGAUUAAGAAUGUGGUUGACACCCACAACUUCAUUGACAACAAAUUCGUGCCUUCACAAGCCGCUACCUGGAUUGACCUCCACGACCCAGCUACGAACAAUCUAGUCACCCGAGUUCCUCAAUCUACCGAUGCUGAGCUUAGGGCUGCCACCGAUUCUGCCUCGAAGGCCUUCCCUGCAUGGCGUGCCACCAGCAUCAUGACCAGACAACAGAUCAUGUUUCGAUUGACUCAUCUGGUCCGCGAGAACAUGGAUCGACUGGCCGCAUCCAUUACGCUCGAGCAGGGCAAAACAUUUGCCGAUGCAAAGGGCGAUGUACUCCGUGGUUUACAAGUCUGUGAGACCGCCUGUGGCAUCACAACGCAGUUGACUGGCGAAGUCAUUGAAGUUGCAAAGGAUAUGGAGACAAGAUCAUACCGUGAACCUCUCGGUGUCGUUGCGGCUAUUUGUCCCUUCAACUUCCCUGCUAUGAUCCCGCUCUGGAGUGUUCCGCUGGCCACUGUCACUGGAAAUACCUUAAUACUUAAGCCUAGCGAACGUGACCCUGGUGCGGCCAUGAUUAUUGCCGAACUCUGCCAGAAAGCUGGUUUCCCUGACGGUGUUGUCAACAUUGUCCACGGAGCUGCCAAGACUGUCGAUUACAUUAUUGACGAACCCGCCAUUAAAGCCAUCAGCUUUGUCGGCUCCAACCGCGCUGGCGAGUAUAUCUACACUCGCGGUUCCGCUAAUGGGAAGCGAGUCCAGGCAAAUCUCGGUGCGAAGAACCAUGCUGCCGUUCUGCCCGACUGCAACAAGAAUCACGCUCUCAAUGCUAUUGCUGGUGCCGCAUUUGGUGCAGCCGGCCAGCGAUGCAUGGCUCUCAGCACCCUCGUCAUGGUUGGCGAAACCAAAGAGUGGCUUUCAGAACUCGCAGACCGGGCUAGGAACCUGACCAUAAACGGAGGUUUUGAAAAAGGCGCUGAUCUCGGUCCUUUGAUCAGCCCACAGAGUAAGAAGCGAGUCGAGGAUUUGAUCAAGAGUGCCGAAGAGGAGGGUGCCACCAUCCUGCUUGAUGGUAGAGGUCAAAAGCCCCCUAAAUAUCCCAAUGGAAACUGGGUCGGCCCAACAAUCAUCACCAACGUCAAACCACACAUGAAAUGUUACACGGAGGAGAUCUUCGGUCCCGUGCUGGUGUGCUUGAAUGUUGAAACCACAGAAGAAGCCAUUGAGCUGAUCAAUGCCAAUCCCUAUGGAAAUGGUGCCGCCAUCUUCACGCAAUCUGGCCCGACAGCAUCGCUAUUCCAAAAGGAGCUCGAGGCUGGUCAGAUUGGUAUCAACGUGCCUAUCCCUGUCCCGUUGCCCAUGUUCAGCUUCACCGGCAACAAGAAGAGUGUCGCUGGCACCGGUGCCUCGAACUUUUACGGCAAGGACGGCAUCCGAUUUUACACCCAGUGGAAGACGGUCACCAGUCUCUGGAGAGCUGAGGACGCGAUUGCCACAGAGAAGCAGGUGUCUAUGCCAACUCAUUCGUAA